AUGUUUGAAAAAAAUUUCAAUAUCACCGCUUUUCUUUUCGUUAUAUUGGCUCUAUCGACUUGGCUUGAUCUCAAUGGUGUCUGGGUCGAACUUCCGUUGAUUGUUAAUGAAGUACCCGAAGGUUGGGCUCUACCUUCGCUUCUGAGUUUUGCGGUCGCUCUCAGUAAUACAGCCCCGAUUAUUAUCAUGCUACUGAAAGCCUUUUUUAAAGGGCGCCUCGACGAACGUAUUUUCAUCUACAUUGAAAUUAUAAUUGGAAUCGUUGCUUGCGGUUUAAUGGCUCAAUAUUGGAAUAAGACACAUUGGUUUGCUGGUGCUCAACAUUCUGUUCUUUUCGUUAUAUUCGUUUUUCUUCUUGGUACUCUAGACACAACAUCAACAGUUANUUUAGUUAUAGCCAACCGUGUUCGACAAGAAUAUGAACGCGAACAUGGACUAUUCUGGCUUGGUGCAAUCAGUCAAAUGGGUGCAUUGAGUGGAUCGAUACCAAUGUAUUUUCUUAUCAAUAACAUGCAUGUUUUCAAAAGUCGGCAAGUUUGCCGAAGUUACUGUUGA